UUGAUGUCGCGGGGCUAUCAAUUUAGAUUAAUUUCGGUGAUAAUCAUUCCUGGUCAAGAAGUGCGGUGAUUGAUAUUGGACUCCUGGUUGAGACGUUGGCAUAAUAAAACCGGACUCAGCAGAUCAGCGACGCGACGAUUCUUCUAAUGGCAGAAGCUUGAAGAUGAGAAAACUGUGGGGGUGAAGAUAAGGAGAUCCACAAACAAAUCCUGCAGCCAGCCGCUACGGACCGAGAAAAAGAUUACGUCGCGAGUGCGCAAAUAUUUUAAUCAUUGUGAGAAAAGAUAAAACUAGUUCAGAAGACGAAGGUAACUUGCUGCGAGUUUAUUCAGGGAUUAUUUCGGUUGUGGUGAUUGUACCUUAUUGUACCUAACCGUGGGAAGUUUUUGGCAGUGCGUGUAAAAUUGCGUUCAUUGAAAUUGGAGGAGCUCCAACCAUUUUUGCGUCGUUUGCAGGAAGCAGGGAUACAAGUGAAAAUUCCAAUUGGCAGCCCGUUGCAUCUGAUCGUCGUCAGCAAGAAUAAUAAAACACGAAAUACCUACAUGAUACGGUACAGAAGGUGCGGAUAAUUUAAUACGGUUGAGAAGUGCGCAGCACCGUAAGCAAACAAUACGCAGAGUGAAAUGGAGCCAAGGUCCUCUGCAUAAGUGACAAAGCCAAUAUCGGUGAACUAGGUUGCCGUAUGUAAGUAACACUGCUGGAGGACUCGACGGUGUGUCAUCACGGGUCAAUUGGGGCGAUCGCAAUCGGCGGCCUAUCAGGCAGAGCAGCAGUACCCGUUGACGAUUAUGUGGUGGUAGUGCUGCGGUUUGGAUUCAAUGCAGAAAAAACGUUCCAUCGAGAGAGUUGUGUCUAAUGCCACGAUUAAAAAUAGCUUUUCGGCGUGUAUACGCGUUUGUGUUAGCCUCAGCUAACAGCAUCGUUUAUAUUACGAAAGUGUAAAACUGGGGAUUUUUGUUUAGUUUUGUGGAAUAGCGUGUGAACAGCGUGAGUGCGGCGGGUAGACGAGCAGCAAGUUCGCAGUUACCGGUAACGAGAACAAAAUAAUUAGUUUCGUUUUUUGGUUGAAAGAUACAAAUCAUUCAUCAAUUAAAUAAGUACGGAGGAAUCCUUGGAGCUGCAGAACAUCAUCGUGGUCAGCGCCAGCCAGAGAGUACACAGCGAAAAUGUCGAUAUCCAAUGGCAAAACAUCCUCUGACAUUGAGAAUGCGGAAUGGAAUUCGACCGGGAUGCUGACCCACACAAGGUACGGUUCCAGCAGCAGUCAGGCGUCGCAAAGCAGUGGCGAUAUCUGCCGGAUAUGCCACUGCGAAUCGGACACACACAAUCCACUCCUGACACCCUGCUACUGCUCCGGAAGUCUCAAGUUCGUGCACCAAACCUGCCUACAGCAAUGGCUGACAGCGUCGGAGACGAAUGCGUGCGAACUGUGCAAGUUCCCCUUCAUCAUGCACACCAAGAUCAAGCCGUUCAACGAGUGGCGAAGUCUGGAGAUGUCCGGGGUGGAACGGCGGCGGCUGUUCUGUGCGGUUCUGUUUCACUGUGCCGCAGCCCUGUGUGUGAUAUGGUCCCUGUGCGUGCUCAUCGAACGGGCUGCCGAGGAGGUGCGCCGCGGACUGAUUGGGUGGCCCUUCUGGACCAAGCUGGUCGUGGUGACGGUGGGCCUGACCGGCGGGGUCGUUUUCAUGUACAUCCAGUGUAAACAGUAUUUGAACUUGUGCAACCGGUGGCGCGCUCGGAAUCGGAUUCUUCUGAUCCAGAAUGCGCCAGAAAAGAUGCACCCGCCGCAGUCUCCCGGAAUUCAGCGGUUUCCUCGUGUUCGCACGGCAGCCAUGAGCGGCGGUGUUGGUCACAACGGAAGUGGAAGUGGUGGCCCGGGCAGUAGCGCUAGCUACAAUUCCGGUAAUAACGGUGGCCCACUGCAUCGUGGUUACCAUCAGCAGUUGAUCGGAUCCAUCGGCGGUGGACAUGCCUGCGAGCUGCAAAUAAACCAACAAGGUCAAAUCAUAGCGGCCAAUAUUGAGAACAGCUCGAUCAAUUACGAUCGGGAUUGGACGUUGGAUGAUAUCAGCCAGAUGUCGUUCAAACCAUGUCCACAGGGAAGUGGCAGCUUAACUCCAAUGCCGUUCCACGAUUCGGCGCAUAACGUUUGCGAAGGAAGCGGCAGCGGAAGUGGUGUUGUUGUUGCCACUCAUAGGUACUCAGCGAUAUCCGGCUCAUCCAAUACGGUUCAUGAGGAGGAUCAGCUGCAGCAGCAUUCUAGUAUUAAUGAGAGAACCAAUGGCAGUUGUGGCAGUGGUAGUGCCAAAACAGCUGAUCUAAAUUUGUUCAAAAUGCCAACCGCAGAACUUAGUAAUGUUAAUAGCAGUUCCGGAGUGCUACCUUUGACAACUGGCGGAAGGUAUCCUAACUCAGCAAUAUUUUUAGAAAAUCGUGAUAUUUUAGAUGACCCUCCGUGUCAUGAUCAUGUGAUCAACAAUCCGGGGAAGCUGUAUAACCGUCGAUCAACGGUUCUUGGUAGCGGGAGUAACAGCUUCACUCAUGUAGACCCGCGGAACGAUACCCGUAGAUAUUCCGAUACCAAACUUCUUCAACAGCAAAAGCUCACAUAUGUUAGUGAACAACCUGUUGAUAACAGCCCUACCAAAGAUCAACUGUUGCUAAAUCCUAAGAGCAUCAUCUACGAUAUGACAAAUUUCUUGGGUCCAGUCGUUGCACAGGAUCAGGAAGGUAGUCCUACCAGCUCACAUCACCAGGUUCACCGACCUACGCAUCAUCGUCAUCAUCAUCACCACCACCACCGCCACGCACUAAUGGCUGGAGACAGUCCUAGCCAUCGGAUGCAAACCACCGACAUUCAAUUUGACAAUAACUGUGAUGAAGAUUCGGCUCGACCUCGAGCUACCUCAUACGAUCCCUUGGAGCUCAAUAUCCAAGAAAUGCUCGAACUCGACAUUGCCAACAUUCAGCGGCUGCACGAGAAAAAAAGCUCUCUCGGCAACAUCUCUCAGCACUCGUCCUCCUCGUACUGUCCGGACGAUCCGUCCUCACCGUGCCUCGGUCCAUCGCCUGCAAAGGUGCGUCCAACGAUUUGCGCCUCAGCCUCGAACACGCGACUGCAGCAUCAGCAAGAAGCCAUCCAAAUACAACUCCAAACGCCUCAGCAAUUGCAGUCACAGUCAGCAGAACACCAUCGUCCGAUAGAAGCACCCAGCAGCAGUCAACAAUUUAACAGUAACCGACUGAAACUGUUUAAGUCGUUGCCGAACUUGAGCGCCAGUAGUGAAAACUUGCUGCCUCCGCCGAAACGUUUCGAUUAGGUACUUUUUAUCUCGUUUGUGCCGAUGACAUAGGAUUCCCAGAUAAGACUGUAUCACAAAACGCUGAAACAUUUUGCUACAUAUUGAGCUGCAAUUUGAAACGAUAAAUAGUUAGCAAACCCUUUUAUAUUGACAUUGAACUUUUCUAUGUUUGCAAUUUCUCUUCAUAAGAAUCAGAUCCCAAUAUAUUUAGUCUGGAUUGUUUCCG